AGAGCACAGUCAACACAUAUAUACGAGCAUCACCAAAGUGCCAUAGUUGCAAUUUUAUACAAAUAGUAUGUGUUCCUUUGUGCUGCCGACUGCCUAGAAUUAGGCUUGAAUAAUUUUCGUCGAGGGAAAUUCUUAUUCGGCGCUGUUGGAUUUGACUGUUGUCCGACAGAAAGUGAGCAUCCCUUUAACUGCAACCAAGCGUCCGUUGCCAUGGGUACAGCGGGGAGAAAGAGACAUGAAUGACAAGGCUAGAUGCUAGCUAUCACAAGUUUACUCAACGACGAAGUUGCUUUUGUAUACAUUUUUAUAAAUGUCACUGUUUAGGGACAAUUGUAACUUUCUUGUCUCCCUGCGUGACACCAAUUUACUUUAGCUAAAACGACUUGCUCAGCUGCCGAGUUGACUAACUAGCUAGGCUACAACUAACUAGCUAGGCUACAACUAACUAACGUUACAUUAGCUAGCCUAAGCAUUGAAAUGGCAAGUCUAGGCAAAUCCACUGGCAAAACUCCCAAAAAGGAGGCGAGACCUCGGACCCCACCAGAGAAGAAACGUCUGAAAGUGUCAGAGGAUUUCUCAUCGUGUCUGAGUGAAGAGCAGCCUCAGAGCCCCACUCUUAAAGGAGAGGACAUCCAGGCCCUGGCCAUCAGACCUGAGGACCUGGAGAAGUUGCGGGUGCCCCAGCCCCCUAAAGAACCCCAGAAGCCUACAGCAGUGACCCGAGUGCUGGUGCGUAAGACCCGCCCACCUGAUGACAUCAGAAAGGGGGUGAGGGUAGCGGUGGCCCGCCCCCUGGCCCAGGACACCACCACACAGCCACUGGACUACACAGGACCGGGGGGACCUCGCUUCGACGCCCAGGGGAUGGUCCUCCCCCACAGCAUUCUGGGUAGUCUGGAGGACUUCAGGACAGAGAUGCAGGCCAGGGGAGAGACUGAGCUGGUGAGGAGGGUGCCAGCCCCUCAGAGAGCCGUCUCCCAGGUGUUGGGGGGUCAGAGGGGUGCAGAGAGACCCCCUCCAGUCCCCAGGGGUCAGAGAGACAUCCAGAGCCACGCCCUGCAGCACUGGCACACACAUAUGACCCAGAGACGACACCAGCAGGACCUUAUCUCCAACCUGCUCCAGAAGCCAGUAGAGAGGCUGUUGAUGAACCAGUCCAACCGUUUCAGAGAGAUUCAGGAGCAGAGAGAACUGAUCACCCGAGGCCUGCCAGCCAUACACUCUGGACAGGGUUACCGUGUAGGCAGUGAGUUUUGGAGCCUUCCUCAGAGGUUUGGUGAUGAGCUGAGUGGUAUCUCAGCCACCCUGACCCAGACACAGAGAGGACAGCAGGAACCUGUCACACACAUCUCACAGCCACACAGCAUCCGCAUGGAGUCAGGUAAUGUUCUCCCAGAGACCUGUGGUUCACCUAGCAGGACCUGGGACCAGAGUCUCUAUCUGCAGCACCGACGACAUGAGCUCAGAGAUGUUCUCAAAGACCUGGACUUCAACCAGCCUGAGAUAGAUGGCUUGGAGGUGAUUGGCACAGGCCAGCCCUUCACCUCGGUCACUGUGAAGCGGAGCCCCAUAUUGGAGGAGGAGGAGAGGGAGGAGCUUAGGGAGGCGGAGCAGAAGGAGAACCAUGACCCUCUGUCGCAGUUUGACGAUGUCAUGCUGGACGCGGUGCUGGUGCCUGCCCUGAGGUUCUGUGGGCAGCCCGCCCGCUGGACAGGCAACUCCACCUCUCACAAGGGGGAGGUGGGUAUCAGUGCCAGGGUAACGUUUGAGGCCCUGUCAGGAGAGAGAGCCAGUUCAGACAUGGAGGUGCAGAACGAGGGCAGUACAGCAGUCUACUACAGCUGGCAGCGCCUGGCUGUACCACACAGCUUCCCUGACGCCAGGACACACACACACACACAGCACUUCUACUUCAACACCUCCACAGGUGUGAUUCUACCAGGUGACAGCCAGCGUGUAGAGUUUAUAUUUAAGUCGGAGGUCCCAGGCAUCAGGACAGAGGUGUGGCGUCUCAACACACACCCUGUCCUGCUGGGCGGAGCUUCCAUCCAGGUGACACUGAGGGGCGUGGCUCUCUACCAGGACAAGACCGCCGACCAGAGACACGCCCUGGAGAGGGAGCUGCAGCAGAGAGAGGCUACGUCAGUGUGUCGGUCGUUGGUGUGUGAUGUGUUACGAGGCGUCCUCACCCCAGAGAGACCCAGCUCCCCUGCGGAGCUCUACACCACCGAGGAAGAACACUUCCACAACAGGAACCCAAAGCUGCAGUACCGUUAUGAGACAGUGGAGGCGCUGAAGAGCCUGUGGCAGCAGGUGACCGCAGAAACAGGAGAAGACAGAGAAACAGCCUGGGACCUCUCUGUGUCUACACUACGACAGGCGGUGCUGGCUCUACCCCAGGGGGACGGGGAGCAGGAUGAACCCCAGGAGAGGCUCACCAGAGAGGGGGCUCUGGGCCUCUAUAACACCCUCCUCCUGGAGCUCACCCAGCCACUCAUACAACACACGCCACUACCACUCAACGCUAUAGGGUUGCAGCUGUGGAGAGAGCUGUUGGACGGUCUGGUCAGUGCAGCUCUGUGGCUCAGACAUCUACUGGGUCUCCCUGAGACAGACACAUGGGAGGAACACACACAGGACCACCACCACAGCUGGGGAAAGAUGAAGAAAGAGGAGAAGUUUGAGAAGAAGGCAGGAGCAACCCUGAAGGAGGAGAAGAAAGGAGGGAGUGUCAAAGAGAAGGAGGAGAAGAAGGGAGCAGCCAAGCCUGCUGUGAAGGAGAAACCAGUGGAGGAGGUUGGUGGCACCUUAAUUGUGGAGGACUGGCUCUUGGAGCGUCCAGGCAGUAAGAAGAAGGGUCGUGAGGAGGUCGUGGUAGGGGGCAAGCGUCCUGGAGGUAAGCCUGGUAAAGAACCAGGCAGAGAGCCCUCCUCCACCACAACCAGCCCUGAGAGUGACUACCAGGACCACCACACUGACUCUACUGUAGAGCCUGAACUACAGGGCAAAUACAGGAGACAGCUGCACCAACAGGUGUAUAUUCUAAUGGAAGGCUUAGUGGACUCUCUGUGUGUGCUGUUGGAUGAGUCUGCAGAGGGACAGGCCUGAGCUGACACACACACACACACACAGCUCUCUGAUCACACUAUAAUACAUUCCACUCUUCCCUAACACACACAUUUGUACAGAGAAUCCAUCACAGGUGCAGAGGUUUAUUUCCUCACUAUGACGUCAAUAAACUUGCUUUGUGAACUUA